CGGGGAACAGGAAGUGAGCUUGGAAAAGGCUCGGGAGGACCGGUCUAAUCCAGGCGCCAGAGGAAAGGAGGCGAGGUGGGUCCUGACUUAGCAGCAGGCUGGUGACUUGCCCGGAUCGCGGAAGGGAGCGACCUUCCUUGGGAGGCUGGGGUGUUAAGGCUUAGGAAAACACCUGAAUAUGUGGCAUCCUAAUGCAGGGCAGCCGGUGCAAAAUCCAAGUAUCCCUUACAUGGGGUGCCCUGGAGGUUCUAAUCCUGGGUGUCCACCUCCUUUGUGCCCACCAUCUGUAAAUCCGGCCAUUCCUCCUGGUCCUGUUCCCGGGUGUCCCUUUCCUCCAGGACCUCCCCAGGGGAACCCAGCUUUCCCUCCAUGUGGGCCCUCUUACCCUGUGCCACAGCCACAGUAUCCAGGAUACCAACCCUCAGGUCCUUACCCUCCCCCAUGCCCACCACCUGCACCUGGCAUGUGUCCUGUGAAUCCCCUGGCUCCUGGCAUAGGCCCACAAGCCCCAAUGGACAAGAAAACACUGAAGAAAAUGAAGAAAGCACAUAAAAAGAUGCACAAACACCACAAGCAUGGCAAGCAUUCCUCCUCUUCCUCCUCCUCUUCCAGCAGUGACUCUGACUGAAUUCAGGGCCUGGACCCUCCCCUCAAGUCUCACCAGUUUUGCUCUCAUCAAGCUUCUGCUGCGGUGUUGUACUAGGGGGAAAUUAGCCCUCUGAUCCCCACCCCACCCUCAUCUGAGCCUUACCCUGCUGUUCAGCCCUGACUGGCUAGGGAAAUGGAUCAAGGAUUGCUGUGGGCUAGUAAAGACCAUCUUCUUCCUGGUUGAUAGAUCUUAGAGCUGAAGACUUUAUUUCUUUUGUUUUCUUUUUCUUUUUUUUGGUUCGAGAAUGGGACUCCAGCUCAGUACCUGAUGCUUUUACUCAUUGGCUGGCACUCUACCAAUUGAGCCAUGCCUCCAAUCUCAAGAGCUGAAGACUUUUAACAGGGGAGCAGUUUUUUGAAGAUGGUGAAACCUCUGAGCUAAAUGCUGAAGACAAGUUUAAAUUAUGUAAAAUGUGAUUUUUUUCCUUCCAUUUCUGUUUGUAAUACUUGUGGUUGGUGGAAAUUUCAUUAUGUAAAAAACCUGUAUUUUUUUUCUUUUCUUUUUUUUUUUUUUUUUUAUAAAGGUAGCAUACUAGGAUCAUUUAGAGCUAGAUAUGUUCCCAGCAGGCCUCUUACUGAUUUCAUUAACUGCAAGGCUGCCUUGAUUCAAAGCAAGAGUCUAUUUUAUUGAUGAGCUUUCUGGAAAUGUAAUCUCUACUCCUUAGCUCAACAUGCUAGCUCAGGUCCUACUCUAAUUUUCUAAUUCUCAGUCCAAAUAAAGCUAUUUUUUUCUGG